GCCCCACAGUGCGAGUUGAGGUGUUGUGAAUGGGGGGCUUCUGGAAACCGGCGUAUCAUCGCUUCGGGAUUGUGGAGCCAAUGUAGCAACUUUUUAGAGAGAAGAUAGGCGUUGAUGCUAGAGGAAAGCUCAUAAAUCCGGUACACGCAGGUCCAUUGUGAAUCGUGGUGUAAUGUAGGUUAGUGCAAAACAUUAUAUUGUGAAGUUUGUUCGGCGUAGGCAUACGUUUUCUUCGCGAAAAAGAGUGCUGGAAUGCCAUGCGGAUUCGACUGAACUUUGCGGUGGAGUAGCUUGCCUAUCUAAGCAGUGGACACAGCGAAUCCAAAGGAAAAUUGAUCCACAACGUUACACGUAUGACUCUACGGUAGCUAACGGUAUCAAGUACAUCGACAAAAGGAAUAUAAAACCACGAAGAGGUUGAAGACCGUAAGAAACUUCUGUGCAUGCACGUUCUCUUCAUUCAGCUGGACUUUUCAGUUUACUUUGCACAUUUUCAAUUGGAGCAUGGAAAACUUAACUAUCCACCAUUUUCCUUGAGUGCCUGAACUACGGGGAUAAAGGAAUGUGAAGGAUACUCGGGGCAUCUGAAAAAUAAUCUAAGGUAGCCUGCAUUUGUUCUGUAGCCUAUCGAAAGAACUGCUUUGCCCAAACUGUUAAGAAAACAAAAACGUCUUUUGUGUAGUUUUCCUCAGGAAUCCUCUUUAGACGACGUAAAGGCAACUUUUUAAAUCUCACGGUACUGAGUUUGUUAGCUAUUCAUCAUCAUGGCGGUAACCAAAACCUGGGACUUUGUUCUACUGGCGAGGUGCACAUUGGCGGUCGGGAUCCUGCUGCUUCAGCCUAGUGGGGGUCAGUACCACGGAGAGAAGGGCAUCUCUGUACCGGAGCACGGCUUUUGUCAACCUAUUUCGAUUCCCCUGUGCACAGACAUCGCUUACAAUCAGACCAUUAUGCCAAAUCUUCUGGGUCAUACCAACCAAGAGGACGCCGGUUUGGAAGUACACCAGUUCUACCCACUGGUUAAGGUGCAGUGUUCACCGGACCUGAAGUUUUUUCUGUGCUCCAUGUACGCACCAGUGUGCACGGUGCUUGAGCAGGCCAUCCCCCCGUGCAGGUCGCUGUGUGAACGGGCACGACAGGGCUGCGAGGCGCUCAUGAACAAGUUCGGCUUCCAGUGGCCGGAGAGGUUGCGCUGCGAGAACUUCCCGGUGCACGGAGCCGGAGAGAUCUGCGUGGGUCAGAACACCUCCGAUACCGACCCCCCCACGGCGAACCCAACGCCUCGGCUGCCUGAGAUUGUCACCUUCCCCCCACACAUAGGCCGACCACACCAGCCUUUCACUUGCCCGCUGCAGCUCUCCGUCCCCACUUACCUCAACUACCAGUUUAUGGGGGUGAAGGACUGUGGCGCCCCCUGUGAGCCUAAGGAAUCCCACAGUUUGGGCCUGAUGUACUUUCGCGAAGAGGAAAUGAAAUUCGGGCGGCUUUGGGUGGGCAUUUGGUCCAUACUGUGCUGCGUGAGCACCCUGUUCACGGUGCUCACGUAUCUGGUGGACAUGAGGCGGUUCCGGUACCCCGAGCGCCCCAUCAUCUUCCUGUCUGGCUGCUAUUUCAUGGUGGCCGUGGCCUACGCGGCAGGAUUCCUCUUGGAGGACAAAGUUGUCUGCAUCGACAAGUUUAAAGACGACGCCUUCAGGACAGUGGCUCAAGGUACCAAAAAGGAGGGCUGUACCAUCCUGUUCAUGAUCCUGUACUUCUUCGGCAUGGCCAGCUCCAUCUGGUGGGUCAUUCUCUCGCUCACCUGGUUCCUGUCAGCCGGGAUGAAGUGGGGGCACGAAGCCAUCGAGGCCAAUUCCCAGUACUUUCACCUGGCGGCCUGGGCAGUGCCAGCGGUGAAGACCAUAACCAUCCUCGCCAUGGGCCAGGUGGACGGUGACGUCUUGACCGGCGUCUGCUACGUGGGCAUCUACAAUGUGGAUGCUCUGCGUGGCUUCGUCCUGGCUCCCCUCUUCGUCUACCUCUUCAUCGGCACCUCCUUCCUCCUCGCCGGUUUCGUGUCCCUGUUCCGCAUUCGCACCAUCAUGAAGCACGACGGGACCAAGACGGAGAAACUGGAGAAGCUCAUGGUUCGCAUUGGGGUGUUCAGUGUACUGUAUACAGUCCCUGCCACCAUCGUCAUCGCCUGCUACUUCUACGAACAGGCUUUCCGAGAGCAGUGGGAGAAAACAUGGCACAUGCAGACGUGCAAGCGCUUCGCUGUGCCGUGCCCAAUCAACAACUUUGCACCCAUGACGCCGGACUUUACUGUGUUCAUGAUCAAAUACUUGAUGACCAUGAUCGUGGGGAUUACCUCUGGCUUCUGGAUCUGGUCAGGCAAAACGCUUCAAUCCUGGCGCAGGUUUUACAAACGACUGAGUAACAGCAACCAAGGCGAGACGACCGUGUGAUCACUCGGGGUGUGUGUGUGUGUGUGUGUGUGUGUGUGAUCACAGUGUGUGUAAUCACUCUGUGUGUUGGCUACAUUUGUACUGAGUAUGGAAGAGACACUUGACUUGUAGCCUGAGUAAACAAAUUUCAGAAAUGAGGAACUAUAAUGGGGGCGAAAGCACCCUGUGUCAGUGUGACGGAUGACUGAUUUUAGACAAGGCCUUUCAAAAGUUAGUAGCUGAGAACCGUCCGGCCCCAACCCCUUCACAGGCCGAGAGACUUUUUCAUAGAAAAAAAAAAAGAACUAAUCCAAAGAACAUUUUUACUUGUGCUGUUUUCGUCAAUUCUGACAAGGAAUUCAGGACCGUUUCAUUCAAAAUGUGCCAUAGGCUAUAUGAAACGUGCCAAUUGCAGUGAACAUAACCCUGCUUCAUAGAUAAUGUAUCAUUUUUUCACUUUAUAUAAGCUUUUCUUGUUUAAAAAAAAAUUCAGUUGCAAAGCCCAUACUAUGUCAUGUUUUGUUGUUUGCACUUGUCUAUGGUUGUGUUGUCAUAUUGAUCUUGUCCCUACAUUUUGAUAAUUUUGUAUUUUACAAACAAAAGUUUUUUUCUUAAAAACGUUUUUUUUUUUAGUAAUGUCUCUGCUUCAAACCAUUUGGCAUAGCUUACCUUUUUACUGGACAUGUUACUCUGUUUAAAUUGUGUUUUAAUGAAGAGUGUUUCAGGUGCUUCACCCAGUAAUGUCCGUCAUACAGUCAUCAGCCCCUAUAGACAAUCACCAUGGGAGUUAAAAUAUCAGUUGGGACACUGUAGGGUAGGCUGUAUGCAUGUGAAUAGUUGUAAGAUUAUGCAAACUCGCACAGAUACAUGUUGUGUAAAUAGUCACAUUUUUGUGCAAAAGAAUAUAUGUAUUUAUAAGAAAAUAUUUGCUGUUUUCUACCUGAUCUGUUUUUGAUGAGACAAGGUCUUAUUUGUAUCUGUACAGUUUCAUGGAAUAAAACGAAUAGGUUUUUAA